GCCGCCCUGUUCUUUGCCAUUGAGGUUUAAUUGGAAAUAAUGGUGACGGAUUUUAGCUUUGUAGGAUUAAUUAAAGGAACAUGGAACCAAGUGUCUACAGCAUUCUGGCAAAAAUACCCAAACCCUUACAGUACAAAUGUUUUGACUGAAGACGUUAUCUUUCGGGAGGUGACUCCUGAUAACCGUCUCCUUUCCAGACGACUUUUGACCAAAACUGGCCCUGUACCACGCUGGGCUGAGAGCUUCUUUACAAGUUUCACAGCCUACUACGUCAUUGAGGACUCUGUAGUGGAUCCUGUCAACAAAACAAUGGUCACUUUCACACGAAACAUCAGCCAUACACAUUUUAUCUCUGUGAAGGAGCAAUGUGUGUACAGAGUGAACCCCGAAGAUAGCAACUGGACGGAGAUCAAUAAAAAGGCUUGGAUCUCCUCCAGCAUGUUUGGCCUCUCCAAACCUGUAAAGGAAUUAGGCCUAGCAAGAGUUAAGGACACUGUCCCAAACACUAUGAAAGGAUUUGAAUACAUCUUGGCCAAAAUGAUGGAUGAAGAAAAGGCGAAAGACAUGGCCUCUCAAGCACAGAAAAAACAAUAG